UUUUGAUUCUUCUCUUUGAUCCCGAUCGUCUCUGCUUCCGGCAAAAGCAAACGCACUCUCUCUCUCCUCUCUUUCUCUCUCUACCCCUUUUUCUGGUUAUUGUUUGGUUUAGGGUUUCAGAAUGGCGAGAGGACUGCUAAACAAGCUCGUCUCUCGCUCCCUCUCCGUCGCUGGAAAAUGGCAGCAGCAACAGCUCCGCCGUCUUAACAUCCAUGAAUAUCAGGGAGCUGAGUUGAUGAGCAAAUCUGGGAUCAAUGUCCCCAGAGGCGCUGCGGCUUCUACUAUUGAUGAAGUGAAAGAGACUAUUCGGCAUGUAUUUCCGAACGAAAAAGAGUUGGUGGUUAAGAGCCAAAUCUUGGCUGGUGGAAGAGGCUUAGGAACAUUUACGAGCGGUCUGAAGGGUGGAGUUCACAUUGUCAAGGCUGAAGAGGCUGCAGAUAUUGCUGGAAAGAUGCUUGGGCAGGUACUUGUAACCAAACAGACAGGUCCCCACGGAAAAGUUGUAAGCAAGGUUUAUCUAUGUGAAAAGUUGUCACUUGUUAAUGAGAUGUACUUUGCUAUUACUUUGGAUCGAAAAACUGCUGGUCCGCUUAUAAUUGCCUGCAGAAAGGGAGGUACGAGCAUUGAAGACCUUGCUGAGAAAUUCCCAGAUAUGAUAAUAAAGGUACCUAUUGAUGUUUUCAAAGGAAUUACGGAUGAAGAUGCAGCAAAGGUAGUAGAUGGGUUGGCUCCCAAAGUUGCUGACAGAAAUGAUUCAAUUGAACAAGUGAAGAAGUUAUAUAAGCUGUUCUGUGAGUGCGACUGCACAAUGUUAGAAAUAAACCCAAUAGCUGAGACUUCUGAUAACCAAUUGGUAGCUGCUGAUGCUAAGUUGAAUUUUGAUGAUAACGCGGCGUUCCGCCAGAAAGCAAUUUUUGCUCUACGUGAUCCAACACAGGAGGAUCCGCGGGAGGUGGCUGCUGCCAAAGCGGAUUUGAAUUACAUUGGUUUAGAUGGGGAAAUUGGUUGCAUGGUGAAUGGUGCCGGAUUGGCAAUGGCUACCAUGGAUAUAAUUAAACUGCACGGGGGAACUCCUGCCAACUUCCUAGACGUUGGGGGGAAUGCUUCUGAAGGCCAGGUGGUUGAGGCAUUUAAGAUAUUGACUUCUGAUGAGAAGGUAAAAGCAAUUCUGGUGAAUAUAUUUGGUGGAAUUAUGAAGUGUGAUAUUAUAGCGAGUGGCAUUGUCAAUGCUGCCAAACAGGUUUCCCUGAAAGUACCGGUGGUUGUUCGUCUCGAAGGCACUAAUGUCGAUCAGGGGAAGAGAAUUCUGAAGGAAAGCGGUAUGACAUUAAUCACAGCAGAAGACCUGGACGAUGCUGCCGAAAAGGCCGUUAAAGCAGCAUAUAAUUAAAUUAAGCAGAUCCCCAUUUCCUUUUAUAAUUUCAUUGCACCAUAAUUCUUUCUGUGGAGAAACCAGUACGCAGUUUUGUGCUUUAAUGUGGAGAUGCGCAGCGUGUAGUUUGGGCAAGUCGAAUACUUGCAUCAGAAAAAUAUUUUGACCCAAACCAUAACAGGAAUUGCCAAAUGAUUCUCAAUAAUGUUUCCUUCUCAAAUUUUACAAGAGGGAUUUUUGCGUUCA